CGCUGGUCCUGCAACCCCAGGAUGGGACACAGGUUGAGGCUGAGUCAGGUGAGCUCAGCCGGCUUCGUGCUGAGCUGGCCGGAGCCCUGGCAGAGAUGGAGACCAUGAAGGCCGUGGCGGAGGUGAGCGAGAGUACGAAGGCCGAGGCUGUGGCUGCAGUGCAGCGGCAGUGCCAAGAGGAGGUGGCCUCGCUGCAGGCCAUCCUGAAAGACUCCAUCAGCAGCUACGAGGCCCAGAUUGCAUCCCUGAAGCAGGAGCGGCAGCGGCAGCAGCAGGACUGCGAGGACAAGGAACGGGAGCUGGGCCGCCUGCAGCAGCUGCUGGCCCGGGCUCACCCCCUCGACUCCCUGGAGAAGCAGAUGGAAAAGGCCCACGAGGACUCAGAGAAACUGCGGGAGAUCGUGCUGCCCAUGGAGCAGGAGAUCGAGGAGCUGAAGGCGAAACUGCUGAGGGCAGAAGAGCUGAUUCAAGAGAUCCAGAGGCGUCCCCAGCACCCCCCUUCCUUGCAUGAUUCCACGGAGUUGCUGCCCUUGUCCCGGGACCCAUCUCCCCCACUGGAGCCCCUGGAAGAGCUGAGUGGAGAGGGGGGCACAGCUGCCGAGGCCUUCGCCCACAACUGCGACGACAGCGCCUCCAUUUCCUCCUUCUCCCUCGGCGGUGGGGCUGGCAGUAGUGCCUCCCUGCCCCGCAGCCGCCAGGGCCUGAGCCCCGAACAGGAAGAGACAGCCUCUCUGGUGUCCACGGGCACCCUGGUCCCCGAGGGCAUCUACCUACCCCCUCCUGGUUACCAACUCGUCUCAGACAGCCAGUGGGAGCAGCUGCAAAUGGAGGGUCGGCAGCUACAGAAGGACCUGGAGAGUGUCAGCCGUGAGCGGGACGAGCUGCAGGAGGGCCUGAGACGCAGCAACGAGGACUGCGCCAAGCAGAUGCAGGUGCUCCUGGCCCAGGUUCAGAACUCGGAGCAGCUGCUGCGGACCCUACAGGGAACUGUGAGCCAGGCCCAGGAACGGGUUCAGCUGCAGAUGGCAGAGCUGGCCACCUCCCACAAGUGCCUGCACCACGAGGUGAGGCGGCUGAACGAGGAGAACCAGGGGCUCCGGGCGGAGCAGCUGCCUCCACCAGCUCCCCAGGGCCUGAAGCAGGAGGAGGGCGAGGAGUCGCUGCCCAGCUCAGUGCCGGAGCUGCAGCAGCUGGUGCGACGCACACGGCAGGAGACCCGGGCCCGGCGACAGGCCCAGGAACACGAGGCAGAGCGCCUGCGGAUUGAGAUCGUGAAGCUGCGGGAGGCGCUGGAGGAGGAGACGGCAGCCCGUGCCAGCCUGGAGGGGCAGUUGAGGGUGCAGCGGGAGGAGACAGAGGUGCUGGAGGCCUCCCUGUGCAGCCUGAGGACAGAGAUGGAGCGCGUCCAGCAGGAGCAGAGCAAGGGCAGGUGGCAGGAAGCCCCGAGGCAACCCCCAGGCUCAGGCCAGAUGGAGGAGACCCAGCUCACAAACCUCCUCUCGGAGCAGAGGGCGAAGGUGCUGAGGCUGCAGGCUGAGCUAGAGACCAGCGAGCAGGUGCAGAGGGACUUUGUGCGGCUGUCCCAGGCCCUGCAGGUGCGCCUGGAACGGAUCCGCCAGGCGGAGACUCUGGAGCAAGUGCGCAGCAUCAUGGAUGAGGCACCCCUGAGGGACGUCAGGGACAUCCGGGACACCUGAGGGGCUGGGCAAGACCCUGCUGCCCUUUCCCACCCUUGGAAGACUGCCUUCCUCCAUUCUAACACUGUGAGGCCUGGGAAUUGGGGCCAUGAGGUGGGAGUCUCCACCCUCUCCAAGCCUGGGGUGGAGCUGACAGCCACCGCUGCCCUGCCCCUGCAGCGCCUCCUCCCAGGUGUGGCUGGCCCUUUUGCUCUCAGGGAUGACUCCUGGGGGAGGGUCCCAACCCCUUCCCAGAACCAAAGGUGCAGGCUCAGGCCUGCGGCUUUCUGCUGCACACCACCUCCCAGUGCCCUGGCACUCGCAGGCCAGCCCCCUAACGGUUGUGUCUGUUACAGCCCAUCCCCUUCCCCAAGGUCCCUUUGAGCCCGUGGAGGGUGCAGCUUCCAUUCUGUCAGUGCAGGCAGGUGCCUUGCACAUGUGCACAUGCCCUGGGACAGACAGCUGCUUUCUGGACUGCAUGACACUAAGAUGCUCAUCCAUAGGGGCUCAGUCCCGGCCCCAAGACGUGCACGAAGGCGAGGCCAGACUUUUCUGUCAUUUAUUUUCAAUAAAUAAGCAGCUCAGCUCA